AUGGCGAGAAAAAACAAUAACCGUAAUUUCAAAAACAAUAACCGUAAUUUCAGAAACAAUAAUCAGAAUUUCAGAAACAACAAUAAUAAAGUUGGAUUUAAUAAUCGAGCUGGUUUUAAUAACGGAGCUGGUUUUAAUAAUAAUAAUAAUGAAGCUGGUUUUAAUAACGGAGCCGGAUUAAGAAACGAUAAUAACGUUACAACCCUUUAUGAUUCUAACGAGAUGAUUAAAACCAAACCACCAUCAUCAGCGUCUAAAAUUAACGAUAAACGUGAUAAAUACGAAAAGACAAACCUUUAUGAUUCUAACAAGAUGAUUAAAACCAAAUCACCAUCAUCAACGUCUAAAAUUAACGACAAGCGUGAUAGAAACGAAAAGGCAAACUUUUACGAGUCUAACGAGAGGAUUAACGAUAAACGUGAUAAAUAUGAAAAGACAAAUUUUUACGAGUCUAACAAGAGGAUUAAAACCAAAUCACCCUCAUCAACGUUUAACAAUAACGGUAAACGUGAUAGAGACGAAAAGACUGCCCUUUAUGAGUCUAACAAGAGGAUUAAAACCAAAUCACCACCACCAACGUCUAACAAUUAUGAUAAACGUGAUAGAGACGAAAAGACUGACCUUUAUGAGUCUAACGAGAGGGUUAAAACCAAAUCACCACCAUCAACGUCUAAAAUCAACGAUAAACGUGAUAAAUAUGAAAAGACAAACUUUUAUGAGUCUAACAAGAGAAUUAAAACUAAAUCAACGUUUAACAAUAACGUCGAUGAAUUGGAGAAUUUAUAA